AUGUCACAGCAGGAUGGGGAAUGGGUUAGGUUGAUAUUUACUCUGGAUAUUGCCCUAGAGAUUGUUAGUUGUGUGAAGUAUCAUUUAAAUGUAAGUCUUGUAAAAAAGGGUACUAUUUAAGUCAAGAUGAUACUUGUAUAUCAAGAUGCUCGUCUCCAUAAAAGAAAUUGGUUGGUUCUUAUUGUUAGGAUUACGAUGAGGAAACACCUUGUAAUAGAUAUUAUAAUUUAUAGACUCUUAAUAUUUGAUUAAAGAAUAUGAGGGUAGACUUCAAACCUGGGUAGUAUGCAUAAUAUACUUUAAUUUCUCAAAAUGGAACAAACUUUUUAAAAGGAUCAGAUAUCUAUUAUUAAUUUUUGCUUGGAAGAAAAGUAUUUGGAGGACCUUUUGUAUGGGCUUAAGCAAAAUUCUUAAGGUUUCAUAACAUAAUAUCUCCACAUUUUAGCGUCACCAUUACAUUUUACUUUGUGUACGGAUCAUCUUUCCCUUCAGAUGGCUAGUUUAUAUAUACAACAGAGAAUAACAUUACAGUUUCUAAAUCUAUUACAAACACUACUUCAUCUAAUACUGAUGAAACAAAAUAAGAGAGAGCAGUCGAAAGAAUUCUUCAUAACACAAGUUUAUUAACGAUCACUUGGGAAUGCUAUGGUCCAAAUAAUGAACCAGUUCAAGGGUUUAGCGGAUUCCACACUUAUUAUAUUAUUGUUCAUAAUUGCUAGCCUUAUUGUUUAGAAUGUUCAGAUGCAACUACAUGUACUUUAUGGAACAGCACAUAUGAUUCUAGUUUUAUUAAAUUUUCUCAAGCAGAAUGUUUGAUUAAUCAAUAUUAUCAUAAAGAGUCUGUAAGAUGUUUAGAUUGUCCAUAAUCUUGUUUAACUUGUACAUCAUAAAUAGAUUGUUAAACUUGCAAAUCUACUUAUAUCUAAACUAAAUUAGGAUGUAUGUGCAAAAUGAAUUAAUACGAAGAAUCAGGUCAAUGUUUUGAUUGCCCAAUUGAAUGUAAUUAAUGUUUAAGUUAGACUUAUUGUAUUGAAUGCUUAAUCAGCAAUUAUAGAGAAUUUAUAAUAUUGAUGGCUAUUAUUCAAUUAUAUAAAAUGCUAGAUGUUAGUAAUGUCAUUAAUUUUGCAAAACUUGUUUUGGUCUACAUCUGCUGAGUGUUUAACUUGCAAUAAUAUUUCAAAUAUCGAAAAAGAAGAAUCAACAUGUUAAUGUUAAACAUACUUUAGAAUCUUAUUAGAUGGCUGUUUAACUUGCGAUCCUAUUUAAAAUAGAAUAUUAAAAGGAUUAAAAUGUGUCUGUGCUUCAGGAUAUUAUGAAUUAAGUGAGUAAUUUAAUUAAAAUAAUAAUAGAUUGCCCAGAUGCAGAAGAUUCUACUUUAAGUUAAUGCUAAUGCUAUAAGUUAUGUAAUAAUAAUUAAUAGAUAUGGCAUAAUAUUACUUGUAAUUCUUGUGAUAUUGGAUUUCAAUUAGUAUCUGGAGAAUGUUUAACCAUUUGUGGAGAUCUAUAAAUUAUCGGAGACGAAUAAUGCGAAGAUAAUAAUACAAUCCUUAAUGAUUUAUGCUAUAACUGUUAAUUUUAAUGUCCAGCGCAUUGUUUGAUUUGUGAUUCAUCAACAACCUUACCUUGCCCUGAUGUUUUUGGAGAUGGGAUUAUUACAGGAAUCGAAGAUGUGAAGAUGGAAAUAUAAUUUAAUAAGAUGGAUGUUUUAAUUGUAAAUAUUAAUGCUAGCCUUAAUGUACAAAAUGUAUAAAACAACAAUAUUUUGAAUUUGCAACUGCUGGUUGGUAUAUUGAUCCAGCAGUUACUCCUUGGUAAUGUAAAGAAGGAUGUGGAGAUCUGCCUGUAGUUGGAUAAGAAAAAUGCGAGGAUGGCAAUUAAAUUGACACAGAUGGAUGCAAAGAUUGUAAAUUUUUCUUUAGAAUUGGAUGUACUUCUUGUAAUUAUACAAAUAAUCUUUGAUAAAGCUACGAAUUCAGUGGAUUGCUCCGGAACAGUAUUAUUGUAAAGUGUCUGUGGAGAUGGAUAAAUUAUAAAUGAUCCAUAUAGAUUCUAUUUUGAAGACUGUGAAGAUAGAAAUAUAUUUGAUUUUUUUUAAAUUUACUUAUAUAAAUCAAAGUAAUAAUAAAACUACUUAGGAUAUCAUAAAAUAUGUUUUAUGUUUUUUAACCAUAUUGGAAUAAUUCCCGUAAAGGGUUUUACAAAUCACAUAUGCUGA